GCGACAGUGGCAGUAUGAGUAUCCGCUCCCAGUCCGUGCCGAGUCUGGAUCCUGGCAGGGGCCUACUCUGCAGUAAAAGCCCUGAGCCGGCCAAGACACCACACGGGGUCAGGGUCAGGAGUCCUUCACCACCCAGGGUACGCAGGGAUGUAAAGGUCCCUGAACGCUUCAAAAGUCCAGUGCCUCCGAUCCAGAUGCCAGCACAACGCUUCAAGAGCCCUGACCCACUCAGAGCUUCCAUGAUUAGCCCUGAGCCUGUGCUGAACGGAAACAGCAAGCCCAACGGAUCAGUUAAUGGAAGUGCCGUCAAUGGAAGCUCUGCCAACGGCAGUGCCAACCAACCAGACCUGGACAACGAUGAUCAGAGCCUUACCCGCAAGAAGGUAGUGAAGGUGGUACGUCGAGUGGUGAGAAAGGUACUACCUGCAGAAGAAGAGUAUGCUCCAGCUCCUGAGCCUACCAAACCUGCCCCUGAACCUCCUAAAUUGGUGCUAUCGCAAGUGCUAAGAUCUGUGCCCAAGGUCCCAAAGGUUCCACUGUUCUCUUUCAAGCACGACACCAUCAAGACAGAGGAGAAGGACAAUAUAUCAGCUGGGCUGGCCAGCCUCAUGGUCCGCGGGAGGACCAGGGACCGCCCUCGCACACGCAAAGAUGGGCCACCUGAAAAUAAACAGGAGGAAGCUGUGAAAAGAGAGGAAAAAGAAAGUCCAGAGUUGGUUGAUAUUAAAUCUUGCCCUAAAGUCGGCCCAGUUUCAAAACCGGAAGAUAAGAUUCCCGUGUUGGCGGCACCUGCCAAAGUUCCUCCUACUGCUUCUACUUUGACCUUGGUUCCCUCCAAGUCUGCACCCGCAGGCUUCAUCCCUGCCUCAAAGCCUUCCUCGCUCUCCCCUCCCGCAGCAACCGUUCCCACCUCCAAAUCCUCCUUCAGUACUUCCGCUGCAGGGUUCGUCCCAGACCCCAAGGCCUCGCAUCUCUACCCUAACCCUCCCAAGUCCUCGGCUCUCUCCCCUCCUCCUGCAGCCAUCACUCCCAAGGCGAGUACGCUCUCUCCACCACCGGAGUUCAUCCCGCCCCCCAGACAGCCAACCGUGAAGAAGCCUGAGGUGAAGGCUUUGGCAGCCUCUCCCCUGUCCUCUGUUCCCAUUGAGAAGGCUUCACCGCAGAACAAGAGGUGCCACUCAGUCCCACUGAAGAGGCUCAUAGACGCCUGGAGAGGAUCUUCACUGCACCUGUAA